AUGAGUCAGACGACGUGGAACAGACACAUGGAAGAAGUUUACAUGGAGGUGACCCACACGGUCAGCGUUCAAGUUUGUGCAGAGUUCUUGCAAAAGCCACCGGAGGCCAGAAAGGACGCCAGCUUCUUCGAGAACAUGUUACAUCUUUCGCGCCGCUUGGCAUUCCCGACUCGAGGAAAUUUUCGCAUCGACGUGAAGGGCCGCAUGCUCAUCGUGGGAGUCCAGAUGGAGGUCUCAGGUGACCUGGACUCCACGAGCCCCAAGAUUCUCGGCGCAGUGCGCAAGGUUCAUUCGUCCCUCCGGCAUUGGCAGCGGAGUUCGGCUGCUACACCCCGUGGCGGCUGA